ACUUCUACACAUGUGAAGGAUUCAUACCAUUUCAUCAGUGGAAUCAAAGAUCUACGGUUAACUGAUGAUGACACCAUGGUCAGUUUUGAUGUUCAGUCGCUGUUUACCAACCUACCAGUAAAAGACUGCAUUGAAAUUGUACGUAGAAAGCUGAGGGAACAUAAUAUGUCCAUUGAAUAUGCAGAAUUAUUAGAACACUGCCUAACAUCAGGCUAUCUAUUGUGGAAUAAUGAAUUCUACCUACAAAUUGACGGUAUAGCGAUGGGCUCCCCGGUAUCUCCCGUUGUUGCCGAUAUUUUCAUGGAAAACUUCGAGGAGCGAGUUUUACCCAUGGCCCCGGCUAGGCCGAAGAUUUUCAAACGGUACGUUGACGAUACUUUCACAAUAUUACCUAAAGAUAGCAUACCUUCUUUCUUGGACCAUCUUAAUUCUUUUAGUACUAAGAUCCAAUUAACUAUGGAACAAGAGAAUUGUGGUACUUUAGCUUUCUUGGAUGUUUUAAUUCAAAGAAAUCCUAAUAACAUCUUAGAUCAUACUGUAUUUCGAAAGAAAACCCAUACAGAUAGGUAUAUAAAUGGUAAUUCCCAUCACCAUCCUAGCCAGUUGGCUACCGUGGGCAAAUCUUUGUUUCAGAGAGCAUAUGGUGUCUGCGACAGUAAUCAUCUGGCAGGGGAACUUCAGCAUAUAAAGCAAGUCCUACAUGCGAAUAAGUUGAAGAUUCCACGCCAAUGCCGCAGGCCCCGUGUGAAACCACCAACAGUCGAGCGAAGACCUGCCAUCUUACCUUACGUGAGAGGUGUUACAGACAAGAUCGGAAGAGUCCUCAGGCGUGCAUCUAUCAAGACCUAUUUCAAGCCCCUGAGGAAGAUUUCUCAGUUCCUGAGACCCGUGAAAUGUAACAUCCCCUUACAGGAUGCAGGAGUUUACAAGCUUGACUGUGAGUGCGGUCUCUCUUAUAUUGGACAAACAAAGCGAAGUAUUUGUACCCGCGUCAAAGAACAUAUAGCUGAUGUCAAACACCGUCGCGUAAACAAGUCUGCAGUCUGCGAGCAUGUCAUGGAUAAACCUACACACUCAAUGAAGUUUGACAAACCCCAGGUCCUUGCAAAAGAAGUCCGUUAUCUGCCCAGGAUGCUGCGAGAGGCCAUUGAAAUUAAAAAACAUCCUAAUUUCAACAGGGAAGAUGGUUUC